AUGCUUGGUGGAAAGCCAGAUUCCGUGAUCUGCCUGCUUCUAGCACCGCACUUUAGGUCCUUUUUAAGGGCUGGGACAAUUGGAAUGUCCAUUCAGACGACGAGACUCACAGAUUCAUGGUGCAGACCAUCAAAGAAUCAACAUGCAAAUUAUAGAAGUGAUGAUGAUAUCCUUUCUAUCUGUACUCGAUCCCUCUCUGACAAAGAAUAUAGGCAGCCAACCAGCCCAAAGCGGAGAGGUGUUUGUCAUUCUGUCAUUGCUGCUGGGGAUCUGGAGUUGCCCUCCGGGGAUGGAGAGGAGGAAGAAGAAGAAGAAGAGGAGGGAGAUCAGGCAGAACAGACUCCUGUUGAGGCCACUUCUCCUGUCAAAGAAAAAGAGAAAAGAAACUGCCCAGUCUGUGGCUCCAGUUGGAGGUCCUCUCCUCCUCUUACUAAGUCAAAAAGAUUAGAAAGAAGAUUGCAGAAGAAUACGGGCCCGGAGGGAACUGGGGCAGUUCCCCCACCACCUCUGGCACGGAUGAUGAUCUGGAGAGGCUUCGAAGCUGUGGAGCAAGAAAGGGAGCUGGAAGAGCUGGAAAAGGUAGGAGAGGAGCCCCAGCAAGAACAACUCGAGAGGUUGAAAAAUCAUACUUGGAUCGAAGAAAAUGGUGCUCGGAAUCGCCCGAACGAGCAAUGGAGAUUUUGGGUAAAAACCGGCCAAUUUCUUGCUUUUUUCGGUGAUAUAGACGACGGUUGGCAGCGGCUGAGAUGUGAGGGUGGUAGAGGACAACGUGCUGGUUCUUUUGAUAUCCAUGUCGUCGCUUGGGGUGGCCGGAGGAGGCGAUGGCAGCCCAAAAACUGGUGCGAUGAACAGUAA